UUUCGUAUGUUUAUGAGCAGACACAAAGCUUAUCUACUCUUGCUAUUGGUGGAGCUCAUUUUCCUUCUCGGUUGCCUAUCAACCAGAAAUACCUUCGCUUAUACAGUCAUCCUAUUUGUCCAUUUGCUGAAAGAGCUAGGUUGGCUUUGCUGGCAAGAGAGAUUGAGUUCCAAACAAUAAACGUUGAUUUCCCAGGCAAGCCGGACUGGUUUAAAGAGCUAGGAGGUACAACUCCAACUCUAGAGACCACAACUGGUGACUUUAUCACAGAAAGCGAUGUCUUAGUUCAACUUGCUCUAGAUCUAUCUGACAGAGGCAUAGAAGUUUUACCUAAAGAUCCUUUUGAAGCUGCCAAAAUCAGGAAGUACACUAAAAUCAGAGAUGCCAACUUCUUGCCUUCAACUAUGAAAGGUCUGAUAUCUGGGGAUGAAAAAGACAUUGAAUUCACUGUCAAACGGAUGAGAGAAAUUGAGAAUGAUCUCUCGCAGAACGACCGGUCUAAUUCUUACUUACUGAACAGAGAUGAAAUUGGGUUCGCAGAUAUUAUUUUAUCUCCAAUUUUAAUCAGAAAUAUCUUCCCAAUGCAAGAAAACUGCAACAAUUGUAAAGAGCUGAAGCUAAAAGACUACCCUCACAUUGCCAAAUACGUUGAUACAAUUCUGGAGCAUCCAAAGAUUGGUGAAGGAUUUAUCCCUAAGUGGGGAUUUAUCAAUUUUCUAAUGAACAAACGGAAAGAUCCCUCCAUCAGCCUUCCGUAUCCUUUUGAUGAGACUACUUUUGAAGAGUCUCAGUCUAAUAAGGAAAUUAUCAUUAAGGAUGGCCUAACUGCAAAACCUCUUCUGAACUCGAACUACAUUAGGCUUUAUGGGCAUCCUCUCUGUCCAUAUGUGCAAAGAGCAAUCCUUGUGCUAGCAGCCAAGAAGGUGGAAUACCAGUUUGUUGGCAUAGAUCUUACAGCGAAGAAUGACUGGCAUUGCCAGAUCAACGGAGGCUUUGUAUCCAUCCUUGAGACCCCAGAUGGAGUCAUUGUCACCGAAUCUCUCCAAAUCUGAGAUUGGAUUGAAGCAGAAUUCGGCAACCAGGGCAUUUCAUUGUAUCCUGAAGAAAUGCCUGACUCUAAGUAUUUGCCCAAAGCUUUCUCUGAAGGCUCUACCCUCGAACAGACUCCAAAGAAUGUACUGAAAGAACUUGUCAAAGAGUGGUUCGAGAAAGUGUUUAUGUUUAUCAAAAUAAUGGUCAACAAAGAAUUUAGAGAUAACGGAGUUCAGGAGUAUCUCUCUGCACUAGAAUGGGCAGAACAGCAUCUUCCAGAUGACCCUGAGAGACCUUUCAUUGGAGGAUUCUCACAAGAAACAAUGGCAGAUCUGAUGGUACUUCCGUUCUUUAGAGAUGCAUUUGCUAUAGAGCACACUGAGCUCAAAGAGAAAUAUUUUGAUAAGGUAGACUUUUCUGCACUACCAAAACUCAUGAACUGGUAUAGUUUAUUGGAGGAUAAAUACCGAGUUGAACUUGCUGACAAUCGCGCAUUUGCUGAGCUGACCAAGAAAAAUAUCGAAGCUAAUGGUCCGAAAGUCCAGCUAUUUUAUCCCUUGUUCUAAAUAUGCUGUUUGACGCCAAUCUUAUAAACUAGA